AUGGCAAACUUCAGAUUUCUCGCGGCCCUCGCUACGGGCUACCUCGCUUCUCUCGCGCUGGCCGCUCCCACGCCAACGGUUAACCAUGUUAAGCGUGCCAGCGUCAGCGACGUUGCUCACGGCUACGCCAGCUUGAACGGCGGCACUACUGGUGGUGUCGGCGGUACUACGACCACCGUUUCGUCGUACGCGGAGUUCUCAUCUGCUGUGUCUGGUGACGAUGCCAAGAUCAUUUAUGUGGAUGGGACUAUCAAGGAGACGGCUGAUCAGGUCAAGGUUGGAAGUAACACGAGUAUUAUUGGUAAGGACUCGAGUGCUAUGCUUGAGGGUUUUGGCAUUAUGGUCAAGGAAGCUUCCAACGUGAUCAUCCGGAACCUGGGUGUUAAGAAGGUUCUGGCUGACAAUGGUGAUGCCCUUGCUGUCCAAAAAUCCACCAACGUCUGGAUCGACCACUGCGACGUCUCUUCUGACCGUGACCACGACAAGGACUACUACGAUGGCCUCGUUGAUCUCACCCACGCCGCCGACUACGUAACCGUCUCCAACACCUUCAUCCACGACCACUGGAAGGCCUCUCUGGUCGGCCACUCGGACAGCAACGGCGACGAAGACAAGGGCCACCUCCGCAUCACCUUCAACAACAACUACUGGUACAACCUGAACUCGCGCGGCCCGUCCUUCCGCUUCGGUACCGGUCACCUAUACAACAACUACUUCGAGGACGUUAGCGACGGCAUCAACACCCGCCAAGGUGCGCAACUGCUCGUCGAGAGCAACCAGUGGGUUAAUCCCAAAAAGCCUUUGUACUCGACCGAUGACGGAUACGCGGUUGCCAAGGACAAUGACUUUGGCGAUGGCGAGAACGCUGCUGAGGAGGGCACCCUGACCAGUGUGCCCUAUGACUAUGACCUUGUUGGACCUGGGAAGGUUCGCGAUGCGGUCUAUGGUACCGCCGGCCAGACCCUUUCCUUCUAA